GAAAGGUAGUCAGGGCGCUCAUGUGGAAGUGUGCCACUCUAUUUGGGAAAGCAGGAAGCACGCAAACUGACGCUGGAGCUCCAGAAGCGCGCAAGGACCUUUAAAACCUGCAAACUGUAACUGCAAACACUGGACAUUGCAUAAGGACUUAUUUAAAACACUUUACCACGUGCAUUUACUACAGGGAGCGGUAGAUUGGGUGCAAUUACGUGACGUGUCACAGCUGUUGAAAAUAUUAAAUUUAAAUUGUUUAAUUUAAUUUGAGAAAACCUCCGACAAGGAAGACGCAAUUUGGACAUUUAGAAUCGUUUUGUGGAAUAACUGCUGAAAUUGGAUGGACUAUUCGGGCGGACUACUGUUUGGAUUUUCCUUCAAUUAAACUUGUCUUGGCGUUCGAGAUGAGUUAUUUGACGUCACUGUUACGAGUAUUUGCCGCGGUGCAGUUGAGCCUUUUACCUGGACAGAGUUCUUCGUUGGUCAAUGUAAACAGCACUGAUAAAGUGAUGCUGUUUCAGGAGGUUUGGGGGAAGAGCUUCUGCCGCACUAUAGAGAAGCUGGUGGAGGUGGUUCAGGAGUACCCAGGGGAGGUGGAGCACAUUUUCAGCCCCGCCUGUGUGCCAUUGGUCCGUUGCGCUGGUUGCUGUGGCGAUGAGAAUCUGGAGUGUCACCCUACGCUCACUUCCAACACCACCAUGCAAUUAUUAAAGAUUAAGCCAGCAGAGCAGGGCCAGGAAUAUGUGGAGAUGACCUUUGUGGAGCACAAAGCCUGUGAAUGUAGACUAAGAAAACCUACAACAAAACAAGACAGAUGGAAACCCAGAAAUAGAGGGAGAAAAAGGAAGGAGAAGCAGAAAGGCAAAGACUGUGACCGGUAA